GUGAGCUGGUUAUAAGUCAAAUCUGUCACAAGUCAGUACAGCACGACACAUCCACCGUGACGCCCUGGACACACGGUGCCGUCCGCUGCCCCAUUGAGGGCCGUGUGGCAGGGGUCGGUGUCAGUGACAGAGGAACAGUGGCUGUUCUCUUCCACAUGUACUUCUCUGUAGUGUUUGAAUCCAUCAUAACCAGUGUGUGUUGUUUUUGCUGAGACUGUAUCUUUAAUCAGAACCUAGCAGUUUAGUCUUAUAUAAUAUUUAACAUAAUUACAAUCUUAGGCUUGGUCUGGAUUUUGACCCUGCACUAAUCUCCUGGUAUUUUUUUCUAGUCAGUAUUGAUAGCUUUAGAGUAUAUUAUUUGUGAAUAAUAAAGCUGUCUCUUUUUAAAGAAUAUAGAUAGAUAAGUAGAUUUAAAACUUUCUUGUUCACUGUGGCCUUUUUACUUCCCAUCAGGCUACUUCAAAUUACUAUGGUUUGUAGAACUUAAUAUGGUUGACAAUUACAGAAUAACCAGGAAGGGAAAACUGGAGACCAUUACUUUGAAAUUCUUGUUUCAGGAAGAGUUACAGAUUUGUUUCUCUCUUUAUGUACUGUGGAGCUCAUUGUUCUCCCAGGUUCAGAAGGCUUCUAAGCCCAGAUGUCCCCUUGCUUUCGGGAGCCCUCCUGAGUCCCUCUGCUCCUCCGGCCCCUGAUCUCCCCACCUGGACUGGCAAACCCAGCCUCCAGAUGAGGUUCCAUCUGCUAACUGCUUGAAAAGGAGUGUAUUUACUCGGCUUAAGUGCCUCAGGUCCUUCUGCCCGUUGUUAGGUACGGACUGUUUUUAUUACCAAUGAAGCACGUUUUACCACUCCUUUCUUUUUCUGUCUGCUCCCCUUCUAUUUUAUCUCCACUUCUUACCAGUAAAUCCAUUUCCAGCUCCAAACUGAUAAGUAAAGCAAAAUGAAAGCUCAAUUCAUGUGUUAUUUUGAUCAGUAUUUUUUCUUCCAAGCUUAUCAUAAACAUGAUGGUUGGUAGUGAUUAAGAAGAAAGAUAAAGGGUAUCCAAAUCCAGAUCAUUUACCCCAGAAAUAAUAAGGGGGGGAAAAAGCAAUAUUUGCUAAAGCUAUAACAUUUCUAAGAAACCUUAGUGACACUUUUUGAGUACUUUCUAUAUGCCAAGAAAUUUUCUAAGCACUGUGCACGUAUUCGUUCAUUAAUCUCCACAUCAGCCCGGUCGAAGUAGGAAUUAUUGGGGUUUGUUUGUUUGUUUGUUUGUUUGUAUCAAGCAGUACAGGUAGGGGGCACCUAUCUUAUUCUAGGAAGGUGGAUUUUAAAAAUCAUUUGUUUCCUUUUAGUCAGUAUUGGUGCAUGAAUACAAUAUUGCAGUUAAAUUUCCUCCUCUGCCACACUAGAGCCUCCGUCUUCUCGGGCCUUUUGCUCCAGUGGGUUCCUCAGGAAGUCUCAGGGUACUCACUGCUGCGCACUUCGUAUCUGGCAGUCCUACACCUCCCUUCUUUCUGCACCACCCACUCAAAGCUCAUUCCAGGUGCCCUUAGCAAAUGACUCCCAAGGCAUUUAAGUGGCCAAAGCUCACCGACCAAUGAGGAGAUGUGUGCCGUGUGUAACAGCUACGCAGUUCCUGGGAUCAGGAGCGAAGGUUGCUUAAGCAAAGCUUUUGUUGCCAUUAGCCUGUUGCAUCCAGUUUUCAAGACUGGAAAGGAUUUCACCUCAAAGGGUACUCCAAAAGUUGAACUGAGAAACCCCAAGCAAGCUGCCUGAAUUCUCCUGCAUAUUCUUGUUCCACACCCUAAAAAGGACCAGAAAAAUCGAACUGGUGGUUUUGGCAAGUUUCUUCAAGUUCAUUCUGGAAGGGCCUUCGCAAACUUAUAUGGCCAAGAGUUAAAUGAGGAACAGGCUUCCACUUGGAUGCCCGAGCCACAUCACCAGUGGAGAAGUCAUGCUGCCAGGCACCUUACCUGCUGCAAAGGGAAUCUGGGAGACUCUGGUACACCAGUCUAAGCCAGAACUCACAGGGUCUCCACCAGCCGUGGAUGCCUUUGACAUUAUGACUGCAGAAGAUUCCACCGCAGCCAUGAGCAGCGACUCGGCCCCUGCGUCCUCUGCCAAGGUGCCGGAGGGCGUGGCCGGUGCGCCCAACGAGGCCGCGCUGCUGGCGCUGCUGGCGCGCACGGGCUACACCAUGGUGCAGGAGAACGGGCAGCGCAAGUACGGCGGCCCGCCGCCCGGCUGGGAGGGCCCGCACCCGCAGCGCGGCUGCGAGGUCUUCGUGGGCAAGAUCCCGCGCGACGUGUACGAGGAUGAGCUGGUGCCCGUGUUCGAGACCGUGGGCCGCAUCUACGAGCUGCGCCUCAUGAUGGACUUCGACGGCAAGAACCGGGGCUAUGCCUUCGUCAUGUACUGCCACAAGAAUGAGGCCAAGCGCGCGGUGCGCGAGCUCAACAACUACGAGAUCCGCCCGGGCCGUCUGCUCGGCGUGUGCUGCAGUGUUGACAACUGCCGCCUCUUCAUCGGAGGCAUUCCCAAGAUGAAGAAGCGUGAGGAGAUCCUGGAGGAGAUCGCCAAGGUCACCGAGGGCGUGCUCGAUGUGAUUGUCUACGCUAGUGCAGCCGACAAGAUGAAAAACCGCGGCUUCGCUUUCGUGGAGUACGAGAGCCACCGGGCUGCCGCCAUGGCGCGCCGCAAGCUCAUGCCCGGCCGCAUCCAGCUGUGGGGCCACCAGAUCGCUGUGGAUUGGGCCGAACCUGAGAUCGACGUGGACGAGGACGUGAUGGAGACCGUGAAGAUCCUUUAUGUGCGGAACCUCAUGAUGGAGACCACAGAGGACACCAUCAAGAAAAUCUUUGGCCAGUUCAACCCAGGCUGCGUGGAGCGCGUCAAGAAGAUCCGCGACUACGCUUUCGUGCACUUCGCCAGCCGGGAGGACGCCGUGCACGCCAUGAAGAAACUCAACGGCACAGACCUGGAGGGCUCGUGCCUUGAGGUGACGCUGGCCAAGCCGGUGGACAAAGAGCAGUACUCCCGCUACCAGAAGGCGGCCAAAGGCGGCGGGGUGGCCGAGGGGGCUGCUGUGCAGUCACCCGGCUACGUGUACUCUUGCGACCCCUACACAUUGGCCUACUAUAGCUACCCCUACAACGCGCUCAUCGGGCCCAACAGGGACUACUUCGUGAAAGCAGGCAGCAUAAGAGGCCGGGGUCGAGGUGCAGCUGGCAACAGAGCCCCGGGGCCCAGGGGUUCCUACCUCGGGGGAUAUUCCGCCGGCCGUGGUAUAUACAGCCGAUAUCAUGAAGGGAAAGGAAAGCAGCAAGAAAAAGGAUAUGAACUUGUACCGAAUUUGGAAAUCUCUACUGUCAAUCCAGUUGCCAUUAAACCUGGUACAGUGGCCAUCCCUGCCAUUGGGGCCCAGUACUCCAUGUUUCAGGCAGCUCCCGCUCCUAAAAUGAUUGAAGACGGCAAAAUCCACGCAAUGGAGCACAUGAUCAGCCCCAUCGCGGUGCAGCCAGACCCAGCCAGCGCUGCCGCCGCCGCCGCCGCUGCCGCAGCCGCCGCCGUCAUUCCUGCGGUGUCCACACCGCCGCCUUUCCAGGGCCGCCCAAUAACUCCUGUCUACACCGUGGCUCCAAACGUGCAAAGAAUCCCCGCCGCCGGGAUCUACGGGGCCAGUUACGUCCCGUUCGCUGCUCCGGCCACAGCCACGAUCGCCACACUACAGAAGAACGCGGCCGCGGCCGCCGCCGUCUACGGAGGGUACGCAGGCUACAUACCUCAGGCCUUCCCCGCUGCUGCUAUCCAGGUCCCCAUCCACGACGUCUACCAGACGUACUGACAGCGGGGCCGCCCGGGGACGACCGCUGAAGGAACACUUACUAUUUAUGAAGAAAGAACAUGGGGGCUCGGCACACACACGCAACCUGAAAGUGAAGAAUGUAAUGCAGCAGCAUCCUGCAAUAUUUUAUACACAUGAAGUUUUCACUGGGGUUUUUUAAGACUGCUUUCCAGGUAGCAGGCCUGUGUUCAUACAUUUCCAAGAGACUCGCGUGGGUUCGUGCCUUAAUGACCAUCUCUUAAAAUCUUUGUAUGCUGUAGUACGUUUGUAUAGAGGUUUUUGUUUUUGUAUUUUUUAAGGAUAUAUUUUCAGUAUGAAGGUUAUUUUCUUAACUUCUGCACUCCAGAGAUUUCUAUUUUGUAGUACCUUCAAUAAUAUAUCAACUAUAUAUUAAAAAGCACACUUGAGCAGCUAGGGAAGCAUUUUGAAAAGUGUAGUCAAUAUUUAAAGAUACAAACAAUAGUGCUUUAAAAUACUACAGAAAAUGUUAUUUUAAAAACUAUACUGGAAAGUGCAAUUUUAAAAUGAGUAAAACCUCUAUUUUUGCUGGCAUUAAGGAUAGACGGUGUUACCAUGUGUUAUCCGUGAUGGUUCUAUUUUUUUUUUAUUUAAGAAAUUAAACACUCAGUCUCUCCUUAAGCCAACAUUGAAAAGACUUGUCACACUUCUGAGUCCACACACUGGAAAGCUCUCACCUGCCACCAUCACCUUGGGCCCCUGCUCAUUCUCCGUUUGACUUUACUCUUAAACUUGAUGUUUCCUCUGCACUCCCCUCCUCACCCCUUCCUUCUGUCCCCAGCCCCACUUCCCUGUGUGGCAAGUCUAGAGCAAAUGAAUUUCUCGGGUAGAGAAAACAUUGAUGGCUUUUGUACUUCUUCCUGGGAUUUUGUUGGUUUUUUGUUGUUUUUUUUUUAUUAUUUGGGUUGGGGACAUUAUUUUCAAUAGAACUGAUGGGUAAGCCCAAGACUUCAAUAGUUUUCCUAAGACAUCUUUGCAUCGCUAUUUAAUUGUCCAAUAUAAAACUUCAGUUCCACUUCUACUGCUUUAUUUUAUUUGUUUUUGAAGUAUAAGUUUGUAGAGACGAUGAAUGUUAUUGCAGCAAGGCCCCCCAGAGACUUUUGUUGCAGAAAGUUAAUGCUUCUAGUUGCCUUAUCACGUUUCUUGCAAAAUGUGGUGUUAGAAGUGCUGUUUAGGGAACAGGGUUUCCCUGCGUUGCUGUGCACGUGACAGGAGAACUGAAUGGGGGUGGGGGGCAGGCACACUGGGUGGGGAGAGGAGGAGGAGAGAGUUAAGAGUUUGUAAAUAUCUCCUAAUGCUUUUAGGUUUUUUUAUGUUGCAGAAGUUCAUGAUAUAUAGUUUAAUGCAAAGUGAAACCAUUUUAUUCCAAUGUUAUUACAAGUUUUGUUUUAUUAGGAAGUAAAUAUGUUGUUGCAGUGUUUUGUGCCUGUUUAAAGGCUUUUGCUUAGCAGAGUGAAUGUAAAAUACAGUAAAAUAUUAAGAUUGUCAUCUACUUUAUGAAAUACAUCAACUUGGAACUUUUUUUAAAGGCUUGAGCAAGGAAGUGAGGUAUGCAAUAGAUAGCAGGAAACGCAGUUGUGUUUUUAUGUCAUAUUAUCGAUCCAUAAAAUCUUUCCACUCACUGCAUUUUUUGCUGACGGCUGAAUUCUUAUUUGUGGAUUAAUAAUAAGGUCGUGCCUCUGGCAAAUAGUUUUUAGUUUUGUUUUUUAAAUUCUAAAUGAAGAGAUUCCCAAAUGCCCCCCUGCCCCCACCAACCGAGGGUGGGAUGAAAUUUUUAUAUAUAAACAAUAUUUAUUUAUUGUGUAAAAUUACUGAGUGCCUGCAAAGACCUUGAAACAUUCCUAACAUUGCUUUUCAUCAUUCUUAAAUGACAUCAAGUGAUUGUGCAAUGUUCCUGAGGAUGUCCCCAGCAAGCUGCAUCGAAUCUGUUGGAAUGAAUAAUCCAACAAGAUGCAAUUUGGACUAGAUCCUCAUCCCUUGACUUUGUGUGAAAGAAGUGGCCUCUGUCCAGUGUAGGACUGUCACAGUGUCAGUAGGUGAGACUCUGACCCAGUGGUCUUACUGUAUUUUACAUGUGCCUGUAAAUUAUUUGGGGGGAUGGGGGGGUGG